GAAUUUUUUUUUUUUCUCCCCAAGCGAAGCGUGAACAGUUGUUAAGUGGAAAAUGGAGGCUGAAUUUUACAUGGCGAUUCUUACCUGCUUGAUCUUCACGAGUUCGGAAGGGUUUCAGAUUGUCCAUGUCCAGAGACAGCAGUGCCUUUCCGUAAAUCAGAAAGUGAUCGUGGGCUCAUGCAAUGGGACCAGCCAGAACCAGCAGUGGCUGUGGACUCAGGACGGAAAGCUCCAGCACGUCAAGUCUGCUCUGUGUCUGGGGGUCUCCAGUUCCUCUGGUGGUCCUUCCCGAGCAGCUGUCGUCACCCGCUGCUCCCAGGCACCCCAAUGGGCCUGCUAUGAGCAGGAAGGGUUCCUUGAGAUGGAAAACACUUCUUUCUUUCUCAAGAAACAAGGCCCCAAGGUAGUGGUCAAGAAGGGCAGGAAAUACCUCCACAGCUGGAUGAAAAUAGAGGCCAAUGAGAAGGGAAAACUGGUCAAUGAAAGCCUCUGCCUAAAAAAAGCUCGCCCGGGAGGAGAGGUUUCAGUGAGAAGCACUAGAAACACAACUCCUCCUCAGAUCCCCACUACAUUUAAUACAGUUCCGUAUAGCCCAGAAAACCUUGCUAGGAAUACCACAGAGGGCUUCAUCAGAAACACUACAGAAAACAACACCCAAGGCAGCAGCCAGAGGAAUCGCCCUAACCUGCACAGGACUGAAAUCGCAGACACAUCGUGGGCACCCUUGACUACUCGGCCCUUCUCCAGCACCACGGAAGAGACCGGCCUGGUGGAGUCAGUGAGAUGCAACUUCACCCUGACGGAGCACACAGUCUCCAGCCAGUGGCUGUCUAUCCAGUGGAGAACUCUGGGGUCGCCCUGUAAUUUUAGCGUCAUCUACAGCAGUGACAGCUCGAGGCCCGCAUGGUGCCACCCCUUUCAGAUAGACAACACCACCUAUGGAUGCAAUCCCAAAGAUUUACAAGCUGGAACCACCUACACCUUCAGGAUUAUUUCUCUGGAUGGAGAAGAGAGAAGUGUGGUCUUGCAAACAGAUCCUUUGCCUCCUGCUAGAUUUGAGGUGAAGAAAGAGACAAUUACUACAAACAGCUUUCAGGUUUGGUGGACUCAUUCUCCUGGCAAAGUCACCUGGUACGAGGUGCAGAUAUUGGAUGAUAACAGCAAAACGAUACAAAGGGUCCAGAGUCAAGAAAGGACUUCACAGAACGAAUACACUUUUUUAAACCUCACUGCUGGCCGUCAUUACAAUAUUGCCAUCACAGCUGUUUCUGGAAAUAGAAGUUCCUCUACAGUUUACACCAAUGCAUCAACAGUGCCUUCUCCAGUAAAAGAUAUUGACAUUUCCAGAAAAACAAAUUCUCUUCUGGUUGCCUGGUCCCAUGGUUCUGGGAAUGUGGAGCAAUACAGGCUGAUGUUAGUAGAUAAAGAUAUCCUAGUUCAUGACAGUAUCGUGGACAGACGUGAUACUUCGUACACUUUCCAUGGGCUGACACCUGGACGCCUCUACAACCUCACCAUUGUGACCAUGGCUGCGGGGCUGCACAAUUACCGGUGGAAACUAGUCAGGACAGCCCCCAUGGAAGUCUCAAAUUUGAGAGUGACAAAUGAUGGCAGUCUAACCUCUCUAACAGUGAAGUGGCAAAGACCUCCUGGAACUAUAGACGCCUACAAUGUCACCCUGACUCACCAAGGAAUUAUCAAAGACUCCAGAAUAUUAGCACCUCAGGUUACUGAAACUGACUUUAAAGACCUGUCCCCUGGACGACUUUAUCAAGUUGUCAUCAGUUGUAUCUCUGGGGAGCUAUCGGCUCAGAAGACAGCAGUUGGCAGAACAGUUCCAGACAAAGUUGGGAGCCUUGAGGCAAAAAGCAAUGGUCAGACGAGCUCCCUGGUGGUGAGCUGGUCGCCCCCUGCUGGAGACUGGGAGCAGUACCGCGUCGCGCUCCUCGAUGAUUCUUCAGUGCUGCUCAACACCACGCUAAGGAAGGAGAAAACUGGAUACAUCGUGGAUGGUGUGGGGCUCAUCCCGGGAAGACAAUACGAGGUACAAGUCACCGUAGAGAGUGGAAAUCUGAAGAACACCGAGCGCUGCCAGGGCAGAACAGCUCCCCUGGCUGUCCUCCAGCUUCGGGUCAAACAUGCCAAUGAAACCUCGCUGGGCAUCAUGUGGCAGACGCCUGUAGCACAGUGGGAGAAAUACAUCAUUUCCCUGACUGACAGAGACCUCCUGCUCAUUCACAAGACCCUCUCCAAAGACGCCAAAGAGUUCACUUUCACUGGCCUGGUCCCUGGCCGAAAAUACACAGCUACUGUGACCAGCAUCAGCGGAGACUUGAAAAAUUCCUCUUCAGUGAAAGGAAGAACAGUCCCUUCCAGUGUGAGUGGAGUGACAGUGAACAACUUAGGCCGCCAUGACUACCUCAGCGUCUCCUGGCUGCCCGCACCCGGUGAGGUGGAUAACUACGUAGUGACCCUCUCUCACGAUGGCAGGGUGGUUCAGUCCCUCGUCAUCGCCAAAUCCGUCAGCGAUUGUUCCUUCAGCUCCCUCACCCCAGGCCGCCUCUACAACGUGACCGUAACCACCAGGAGUGACAAGUAUGAAAAUCAUUCCUUCGGCCAAGAGCGGACAGUGCCUGACAAGGUCCAGGGUGUCAGUGUCAGCAACUCAGCCAGGAGUGACUAUUUGAAGGUGUCCUGGCUGCAUGCCACAGGGGACUUCGAUCUCUACGAAGUCACCAUUAAAAACAAAAACAACUUCAUCCAAACGAAAAGCAUUCCCAAGUCAGAAAAUGAGUGUGUAUUUGUUCAGCUUGUGCCCGGACGGCUGUACAGCAUCACUGUUAGUACAAAGAGUGGACAAUAUGAAGCCAGUGAACAAGGAAAUGGUAGAACAAUCCCAGAGGCUGUGAAGGAUCUGACACUGAGGAAUAGAAGCACUGAGGACCUACAUGUGACCUGGUCACGAGCAGAUGGGGAUGUUGACCAGUAUGAGAUCCAGCUGCUCUUCAAUGACAUGAAAGUAUUUCCUUCCUUUCACCUUGUGAAUACCGCGACCGAGUUUUGGUUCACUUCCCUCACACCAGGGCGCCAGUACAAAAUUCUUGUCUUGACCAUCAGUGGAGAUGUACAGCAGUCAGCCUUCAUUGAAGGCUUGACAGUUCCAGCAGCAGUUACUAAUCUGAGGAUCACAGAAAACUCCACUAGGCAUCUAUCCUUCAGCUGGACAGCCUCUGAGGGGGAGCUCAACUGGUACAACAUCUUUCUGUACAACCCAGAUCGAACUCUUCAGGAAAGAGCGCAAGUGGACCCACUAGUCCAGAGCUUCUCUUUCCAGAACUUGCUACAGGGCCGAAUGUACAAAAUGGUGAUUGUCACCCACAGUGGGGAGCUGUCCAAUGAGUCAUUCAUAUUUGGCAGAACAGUCCCAGCUCCUGUGAGCCACCUCAGGGGAUCUAACCAGAACACAACCGACAGCCUUUGGUUCAGCUGGACUCCGGCCCCGGGGGACCUGGACUUUUAUGAGCUGAUUCUUUACAACCCUAAUGGCACUAAGAAGGAAAACUGGAAACACAGGGACCUAACGGAGUGGCGUUUUCACAGCCUGGUCCCUGGGAGGAAGUACACUCUGUGCGUGGUGACGCGUAGUGGAGACCUGAGCAACAGGAUCACUGGAGAAGGCAGAACAGCCCCAACUCCUCCCAGUCUUUUGUCCUUUGCUGAUGUUGCGAACACAUCCUUGGCCAUCACCUGGAAGGGACCCCCAGACUGGACAGACUACAAUGACUUCGAGCUCCAGUGGCUGCCCAGGGAUCCGCUCACAAUCUUCAACCCCUACAGCAACAAAAAGUCGGAAGGACGCAUUGUGUAUGGGCUUCGGCCGGGAAGGUCCUACCAGUUCAGUGUCAGGACCGUCAGUGGGGAUUCCUGGAAGACCUACAGCAGGCCUGUUUCUGGAUCUGUGAGGACAAAGCCAGACAAAAUACAAAAUCUUCACUGCCGCCCUCAGAACUCAACAGCCAUUGCUUGUUCUUGGAUCCCUCCUGACUCCGACUUUGAUGGGUAUAGCAUUGAAUGCCGCAAAAUGGAUACCCAAGAAAUUGAGUUUUCCAGAAAGCUGGAGAAAGAGAAAUCUUUGCUCAACAUCAUGAUGCUGGUGCCCCAUAAGCGGUACCUGGUAUCCAUCAAGGUGCAGUCGGCCGGGGUGACCAGCGAGGUGGUUGAAGACAGCACCAUCACAAUGAUAGAUCGCCCGCCCCCUCCACCCCCGCAUAUACGUGUGAAUGAAAAAGAUGUGCUCAUUAGCAAAUCUUCCAUCAACUUUACUGUCAACUGCAGCUGGUUCAGUGACACCAACGGAGCUGUGAAAUACUUCACAGUGGUGGUGAGAGAGGCUGAUGGCAAUGACGAGCUGAAGCCAGAGCCACAACACCCGCUCCCUUCCUACCUGGAAUAUAGGCACAAUGCCUCCAUUCGAGUGUACCAGACCAAUUACUUUGCCAGCAAAUGUGCCGAAAGUCCUGACAGCACUUCCAAGAGUUUUAACAUUAAGCUUGGGGCAGAGAUGGACAGCCUCGGUGGAAAAUGUGACCCCAGUCUGCAAACAUUCUGUGACGGACCCCUGAAGCCACACACUGCCUACAGAAUCAGCAUCCGGGCAUUUACUCAGUUGUUUGAUGAGGACCUGAAAGAGUUCACAAAGCCCCUCUAUUCAGACACGUUUUUCUCGUUGCCUAUCACCACAGAGUCAGAGCCCUUGUUUGGAGUCAUCGAAGGAGUCAGCGCCGGCCUCUUCCUGAUCGGCAUGCUGGUAGCGCUCGUUGCCUUUUUCAUCUGCCGGCAGAAAGUGAACCAUGGCAGAGAAAGGCCCUCCGCACGCUUGAGCAUUCGCAGGGACCGACCACUGUCUGUCCACCUGAACCUGGGUCAGAAAGGCAGCAGGAAAACUUCUUGCCCCAUAAAAGUCAAUCAGUUUGAAGGGCAUUUCAUGAAGCUUCAGGCUGACUCCAAUUACCUGCUGUCCAAGGAAUAUGAGGACUUAAAAGACGUGGGUCGAAACCAGUCUUGUGAUAUUGCACUCCUGCCUGAGAACAGAGGAAAAAAUCGAUACAACAAUAUACUGCCAUAUGACGCCUCUCGAGUGAAGCUGUCCAACGUAGACGACGACCCUUGCUCCGACUACAUCAACGCCAGCUACAUCCCAGGCAACAACUUCAGAAGAGAAUAUAUCGCCACUCAGGGGCCGCUUCCUGGCACUAAGGAUGACUUCUGGAAAAUGGCCUGGGAACAGAAUGUCCUCAAUAUUGUCAUGGUGACCCAGUGUGUCGAGAAGGGUCGAGUGAAGUGCGACCAUUACUGGCCAGCGGAUCUGGACUCCCUCUACUAUGGGGACCUCAUCCUGCAGAUGCUCUCGGAGUCGGUGCUGCCUGAGUGGACCAUCAGGGAGUUCAAGAUAUGCAGCGAGGAGCAGCUCGAUGUACAGAGGCUCAUCCGCCACUUUCACUACACAGUGUGGCCAGACCACGGAGUCCCCGAGACCACGCAGUCCCUGAUCCAGUUUGUGAGAACGGUCAGGGACUACAUCAACAGGACCCCCGGGGCCGGGCCCACCGUGGUGCACUGCAGUGCUGGUGUGGGUAGAACUGGAACCUUUAUUGCACUGGACCGAAUCCUCCAGCAACUAGACUCCAAGGACUCUGUGGACAUCUAUGGAGCUGUGCAUGACCUGAGACUUCACAGGGUGCACAUGGUCCAGACUGAGUGUCAGUACAUCUAUCUACAUCAGUGUGUAAGAGAUGUCCUCAGAGCCAGGAAGCUCCGGAGUGAACAAGAAAACCCCCUGUUUCCCAUCUAUGAAAAUGUGAAUCCAGAGUAUCACAGAGACGCGGUCUAUUCAAGACGUUAAGAUUGUACCCGAAGAUCUCCUGGAUACAGAUUUUUGACUAUGUGAUUAAAAACAAAACAAAACAGAACAAAAAAAAAAAAAAACCUUCCUUCAUGCCCUACAGAGGUGCCAGCUAUUUCUGUUGAUACUAUGUAUAAUUUAUUAAUCUGGAGAAUGUUAAAGAAUUUAUGUAAUUUAAAGGUAACAGAUAUUGAUAUUGUUGUACAUAGUUAUAUUUUAUAGUUCCUCCUGUAAAUAUGUAUUUUUCAUAAUGUUUAAUAUGAAGCUAUAUAGAGUACUAUUUUUCCACACUAAAGUGUUUAUGGCUUGUUCUACAUAAGCUAAAGCAACCUGUGUGACAGGACUGUGAGUGAAAGGUUUCAGAGGUGGCGGCAGAGACGAGCCCUUGGGCUGUUUUUAGCUGUCGAAAGACUGACUGGUCAAGAUGCAGAGCCAGACUGGAGAGCGUAUACAGGGCGCCCGGCUCUGCUGUACUUGUAGCCUGUGAAUCUUGAGAUUCAACAGUGACCCUUGAGAUCCAACAAUGACCCAGAUGCUAUUAGGACAAAUGUAGCUACAAUAGCAGAGAGAGGGGGAGAGAGAGAGAGAGAGAGAGAGAGAGAGAUUAGGGCUGGGGAACCUUAGUGAUAGACUGUAUGCUUAGUACGUACAGGCACUAGGGUCAAGUCCCAGUGCAUGUGUACGCACACACACACACACACACACACACACACACACACACACAGAAUAAUAAUAAUAAUAAUAAUGAAAAAGGAAAGAAAGAAAAUUAGAUUAGGAUCACACAGCACCAAAGCUGAGCCGGAUCUUGUGCCAAAGCUAGUCUCCUCUUGCUGUCAGGGAAUCAGGCCAAACGAUCAUCUCAGGGGCCGUGUAACUUGCUGUGCAGGCCCAGGCAGCAGGGUUGAGGUGUUGACAGGUGAGGAUCCAAACAGAAGCACAGGAGUCCUCAUGUUCAGUAGAAUACUAACCGCAGUGAUUGAGGAUUAUUUUGCUGUAUUUACAGUAUAGAACAUGAACAUUCAUAUCCAUGGUUUCUGGUCUCAUUUUCAGUGGUCAGUAUUUCUAGAAAAGUCACAAAUGGUUUUUCCAUUAAAGAAAGAUUAAGGUGGCAGAUUAUAUUCCUGAUCAAAGGACUGAAUACCAACAGUUUCAUAAAAACAUCUAUAAAUAUCAUAUACAGCUGAACUAAAAAACAACCAUAGUAAAAACGAAAAGGUUGUCUUAGGAUAAAAUUUUACAGGAGACAUUUUUAAUAAGUUCAUGAGAGCCAAAAUGUCAAGCAAUCAUCUAAAGUUGCAUUUAAUGUAAAACAUUCCUACAUACACUUACAAGGUCAUCUUCAGUAUGUAUGCCUUAUUUUGACUCAAUGACAAAAUUCAUGAGUGAAAAAGUGGUCAUUGCCCUCAUCAAGGUGCAGUUACUAGAGCCUUCCUAGGAAAAAUUUGAACAGCAUCUGAAACCCUCCUGGCUACCUAAGAAAAUAAUCUAGAGACACUAGGCUUUAACUAGGGGUCAUAUUUGUCAAUCCUACAGCUUCAUGUGCAGGAAGAAUGUAUUUAUCUUCAAAGAAUGUGUUUUUGCUUCCUGUUACAAAGUGCUAGAAGUAAUAAAAUGUAUACACUUGGGCAAUAAUCCGGAAACAAUAUAAAUAACAAUUUCUACUUAUUUUACAUACAAUCUAGAAGACCCCCUGGUAUUAUUAGAAGCUUAUAAAAAUAGAGGGACACUUCAUAAGGAUUGACAAGUAAUAAAAGGAUUCAGAGUUCUUGUAGCUUUUCACUGCCUACUCUGCCUUUGUGAAAUGACUGUGUGGGCUUCGACUGUGAAUCUCGAGGGCUACGAAUGUAUCCUAGAAAGAAAGAGAAACAACAUAACUUUCAGUGUGGCAGACAGGCAACCAGGGAAGGACACAGGUCCAAGAUUUAUAAGCUAUGCUAUCUACUGUGCUAUCUAUUGGGGAUCAUUCUUCCUACACCUAAAAAGAAAAGCAAGAGGAAAAACAAAACAAGCUGAACUAAUUAAUAUUGCUCAGUGUAACGCUCAUGGAUACCUGGAAAGCUAGUAUUCAUUUUUGACUAGUCACUCACCCAGGGAACUUUAGCAAGUGCCUAUAAGCUGGGAGGCACUGCCCUGGAACCUACAUGUUUCUCUCCACGUAAGAAGACAAUAAAGUUAGGCUUUUGUUAUUGUUUCCAAUUCAACUUAAAAGUGAGUCCAGAUGAGGGAUUGAGGCAAACAAGCCAGCCUAGGACAUCAGUCUCCUUCCACAGGUUGCUGGUAACUGGAAUGCUGAGGCUGCUCUAGGUGCAGACCCCUGGAUCCAGAAGAGAGGGUGAUAAACAAACCAGGAAUCAUAACUACGAGAACCUACAUAUCUGUAACAGUAAAUAACAUACACAUGCUCCGGCAACAUCUAAGGCGGAGUGAGAAGUACAGAAAUAAACGCGGCAGAGGAUAAUUUUACAUUCUUUGAGUCUAACCCGAGAUAUAUUGAUUCCUACUCCAUGGCUAAUUUUAAAUCUCCUUAGCAACAAAUAUUACGCUAUCCUUCUUGUUCCCAGGAAGACUGAAUACAUAACCUAGUUGAUCUAUUUAUUAAAUUUGGGAGACAAGAAAAAGGUCUCCUUGACAUUCCUCUCAAUUGGCUGCAUUUCCAUUUAAUUGCCUCGGGUGGCUGGGUCUCGGGGAGCACUCCAUUUCCUGUGGGGGGCCCCCUGUCUGUGCACCUGUGUGGCACACUUUAAUCAUCAAGGCUUCAAAGGGCUUUUGAGCUAUCACAUCUUGGGAGCGUUCUGUCUUGAAUCUCAAUAAUUAUUUAUCCAGGGUCCUUAUUAUUAACUCCUUUAAUCUCUUCUUAUUAAAGCAAUCGUGCAUUAUCAUUCCAUCGUUCUCUGGAAAGCAGCCAAUUUUUUUUUU